AUGGACAUGCGUUCAUUGCAAUGUUCUAGGCUAAAUAACAGGGCUGCUAAUAAUUUAAGUUGUUUUACCAAACUUAGACAAGAAGGAAAAAAUGAAGAAAAUAUAAGAUACAACAAGGAAUGCAACUACAAACUAUUUUUCUUUAUAGUUCAAUUACAGCAAAAGUUGAAGGAUGUAGAAAAAGAAAAUGAAAAACUCAAGUCUUUACUCAAGAUGUAUAACAAAGAGACUAUAGAUCAUGACAACCAAAUGAUUAAAAAAGUCUUAUUGCUAAUAAGUUUCCUUAUAUUUAUUAUUAUUUUUUUUUUAUUAUAA